GCUUGAAGGAAGACAAAAAGUUCUCCUCGAAAUUUUUGCCUGAGGUCGCCCUCAGGUGUUUUGCCUAAAAUUUAGGACGAAAACUUUUUUUUUCCAAAACGCGUCGAAUUAUAUAUCAUUCGAUGCAGUUCUUUUCGUAGAUUCCGAAUAUCACAUUGGUUUUGCAUAAAAAUGCUUCUGAACGUUUACAACUUAAGUUUUUUACUUUUUCCGUUCUGCAUAUAUAAGUUCGUGUUCACUGUGAAAAAAGAGAAAAUAUGUUUUUUUCUUCUCUUUUCUCUCUUCGCAUAUGAUAAAACACGUUCUUAUUUUUCUAUCGUGUCAUCGAUAUAAGGAACAUUUAGCCGAUUUUUAUAUUUUGUGAUUUCAACGAGAAAAGGUGUCUCUCAAUCACAUACUGAUAAUCUACCAGUAUACAUAAAAUUUUAAGCUCUAUCCGAAUUUGAAUGUUUUACAUUUCGGAAACACGUAUUGUCAGAAAUAUACACGUUUCAAGAAAAACUUAAUUAAGACAAAAACUCGCUUUUCGACUUAAUUACCAAAUUCUAAGUUCUAAUUUUAGUCUCAUUAGACACAGCACGUAAAACUACAGCAAAAUUUUCACAUUUCCACUUAGUAUCGAAAUACUUAACGGGUUUUCCCAAAAAUUCGUCAAAAAAAAGAAGAAGAAACAGUCAACCUUUCUAAGAAAAAAACAUCAGCUAUCUAAUAUUCUUUCAGCAUCACCCAUAGAAACUGCGAAUGCAUCUGUAAACGCUGACAUUGGCUAAAUCUUAAAAUUAUCAAGUGGUGUCUGUGAGGUUCUCCUCACUCACUUCUCAUAUUUAUUUGCAUAAAGUGACCGGCUAUAUAUAGUACACAAGUUGAACAACAGUUAUGCAAGAGUUGCGCAGGAGUUGCGCAAGAACAGAAAGAGUUGGGAAAACCAGAGGAUGACACAAGUAUUGCGUAAGAGCAGAAAGAAAGGAAAAGAACAAGAGAACAUAGUCUUAUGAGCUGCCAGGAAUGGCAGAUCAUAACAGUGACAAAAUGCGGUUACAAACCGUAUCGUCAUUUGUUGUCCUUUUCAAAAUUCCUGGAAUUUUUGGGAAAAUUCGUUAAGGAUUUCGAUACUAAGUGGAAAUGUGAAAAUUUUGGGAAUUCUGGGGCUAUGUGUGCCAUGACAAGUAUUGUAUUGAUAGGAAUUAUGGGACUUAUGGAAACUAUAAAAAUUAUGGAAAUUUUGGGAAUUACGGGAUUUUGGGGAAUUAUGGGAAUUAUUUAAGAAAAGUAAACUUAUGGUUCUAGUCAUUUUAAUUGCUGGAUCAUGUUGAACACAAAUCUAUUCAUCCUCUCAGAAAUCAGCAACAACUAUCAACCAAAAUUGAAGAAGCUGAAUGUGAUUCAACAGCAACACCGGAUAUAUUAACAACAUCCGAUGACUUUAACGAGGAUACAAUGUCCGAAGAGGAGGAUGUACAACAAGAUGCCGCAGAAGAUGGUGAUCCAUUAUGUUUAACAUGUGAACAUCCUUCAAAUACUGAUGGCGUGAGAAAUUUGAUGAAAAUGAAGGAAGGGAGCAAAGGAAUGAAUCAGUUAAUGGGCAUGCAUUUAGCGCCUACUGAUUCCAAUGUCACCUAUAAGAUCACAAGAAAACGAAAGAUUAACGAUAUUAAUGGAAUUUUAACGAUUGAUACAGAUGCAGGAGUAACCAUCAUGAAGUAUCAACAGUGGAUAAUCAUCCGUGACGAUCCAAAAGAUAUUCAUCCAUAUUCUGGGUCAGAUAUCGUUGAACCAGAAGGAAGUUCUAUACAACAGGCUGGAUUGAUAUAG